GCAUAAUGGGCCAGAAUGAUGUUCAGUGUGUAGUUUUAGCAUUUAUAAAAUAUGAAACACAAAGUACCGACACAUCAUUUAUUAAUUACAAAUCAAAUCCGUUUGUGCAUUCGACUGAAGUGUAUUUGGUUUGUGUGUCGUGACAACAAUAUUCGUAAAAGAAUCACAGUGUAUUUUCAAUUGAUUUAAUAUGAUUUCAUUUAAGUUCGUUUGUUCAAGCGCCAAGUAAUCGUGUUCUGAAAAUCGAUGUCAUCGCUUCCGCUUUUUAUUCUAAACGAACGAAAUACAUCGUUAUGUAAUGCAUUUAAAUGAUAAACAAUUUUCUAUCUCCAUACAAAAUUUUCGAAUGGAAAUUUGAAAGAAAAAAUGAAAAAAAAAUGAAGCGAGAUACUCUCCGCUUCAAGCAGACAAGUAGCUUCCUUUUUCUCUCGUUUUUCUUAUUCUGUUAAAUUUCUUAUUGAUGUAGAAGGUAUACAACAGACCAGCAUCGAAGUGUGCGUGUUUUAUGUGAUGAUUGACGAAAAUCAUAAAGGAACAUUUUUUAAAACAAUGGCAAUGAAUACAGCUUAAGCAAUUCGAAAAAAAAUAUAUUUGAAAUAAAAAAAGUAUUCAAUUGACAAUUGUAAGGAAAAUGUGAUAUUCGAUGAUUUUAUACACGGUCAUUAGGUUAAUAGCAACGGACACAACAGCAAAAAAAACGAACGCAUUUCAAAACAGAAUAGAGAGAGAAAGAGAAAAAUGCAAGAGAAUACAACUGACCAAAUGGUUGUUCGAGUGACAAUAUUCUCUACUGAAAUCGAAUGUGAAAAAUAAACAACAAAUUUUACGUUAUGAUACAUAUAUGCAACGAGAUAAUAGCUUUCCGUUUGUCUCAUAUGAUACGCAAAACCAAACGCACUCAUUUUCUCUCUGGCUCACUGUUUUCACUCGAUGCAUACAAAUAUCAAAUAGAUAUAUAAUUAUGUACACGUACAAACCAUAGUGUAUAGCUAUUUGAUGCGUUAAUUCUUCGUGUGCACUUUAAACGAAAUCAAAAUGCAAACGGAACAGUAAUAAAUAAAAGGAACAACAACAAAACCUAUCCAACCCAAAUUGAAGCGGACAAAGAAUUGUGUAUAUAUGUAUUCAUCAUAUAUGUACCACAAACAGCACAGCGAGAGAGAGAGAAUAUUUUCGUGAUUUUAUUCAGGAUGCAAACAAUGUAUCAUAAACGUGUUUCAUUAUUGAAUGUGAAUGUGAAAUUGUGAAUGUGAUUGUGAUCCUAUGGACUCAUGUGUAUCGAAAUUUAUAUUGCGCAUGUUAUGUCAUGAAUCUGUUUCGUCUCGUGUACAACAACAAAACAACAUAAAUAUCAAUUUGGCUAAAAAGUUUGAACGAAAUAAAAGGGAAAUUAUCUUGUGUCGAACACACAGCAAAAAAGAGAAAUUUACAUUUAAAAAUCCGUUGAAAUAAAAGCGAAUUUCAUUUAAAAUAAACCAAAUCGAAAAUCAAAGAAAUAAACAAAUAAAGUGAAGAAUUGGUUUGAAAACCACGAAAGCAGUGGCACGGACACUUUAUUGUGCUUUUCAUGGACAAAGUUUGACAUUAAACCAACAAAAAGGAGCAAACAAUUGAAUUUUGCUUUGUACAAAUACUCGACUCGAAUUCAGUAUAAAUCGCCGCAAGCAGAACCCCAAAGACUAAACCAUAUCGUUAAUAAAAUGGAUGAAGAUAUUGAAAUGAUAGCUCCAAACUACUUCGAAAUUGCCGAAACAGACAUUUUAUCAACAUAAGAUCUCUCUCAGAACACAACGAGAAAGAAAACAAUUGUUAUCAGCUCGAUUUCCCCCCAAAACUUAAACACACACGGCUUAUAAUGUCACAACAGCAACAAUCGCAGCUUCAUAGCAAUAUCAACAAUUCAUCGGGCAAGCAAAGAAAUAAUGGAAAAGGGAAAUUUCUGACACGAAGCCAUGCAAUGCAUGAAUGCACUUCACCACCGCAAACGCCAACACCCCGAACAGCAUCAGCAGCAGCAGCCGUUGCCGUUGCCAACGCCGCCGCCGCUGCAACAGCAGCAGUAACUAACAGCCAAUCGACAGUAGCACCGAUCAAUGAUCCGACCAAAGGAGAAAAUAACAGUAAAAUGUCAUCCCUAUCGCCAAUCACCGUCAAUGCCACCAAUAAUACCAUACAAAGUAACGCACAGCAAUCAUCAACAACACCGAAUAUGUUUGCGCCCAAUGGCAAUCUAAAUGUUUCACAAUUAGAUUUAGAAUUUCCAAAAUUAACGCCGCCAAAGUCGAAAUCACCUCGGAACAACAAUAACGUUACUAACAACAAUAACAAUACUCAACACAGUGUUGCAGCUGUUAAUAGUAAUUCCGAACACAGUAGUUCUAAUAGUAAUAUUAAUAAUGAGAGCACAGGCGAUGGCAAUGGGAUUAACCGCGAAUGUGUGAAUGAAAAUGCUGCAGGAUCAGCAGCCGUUGUACCGUCUCAAAACUCAACCGAUUUAUCAACGAAAUCAUCUCAUAUGUUAGAUGUUGUCAAAGGCAACACAGGAAACAUGGUCAGCUGCACUAUAUUGCUGAACGAUGUGGAAAAGAAAUGUGAUUUAUUGUUACAAGGUAAUAAAGGUAAUAAUCAACAAAACUGUGUCGACGAAAACUUUAGUGAUAAGGAUAAAUCUAACGCCGAUGAAAGUUCAAACGCUGCCGAAUUUGUAUAUAAGAAAAAUCGAAACAGUUCCGUUACGAAAGGCGGAGGUGGUGGCAGCGGAAAAUCCAGACAAAAACAAAACUAUGGAUACGAUAAGUCAAACAGCAAUAAUGUUGGUCAAUCAGAACCAUCACAGAAUGUCACUUCCAAUGGUUGCCAAUCGGAUUAUUAUUCGAUGGAAAAUUCAAAUACCGAUCACUUCACCGAUCAAAGUGGCGUUGAUUUAUUGCAAUUCUUUAAGAUAACGUUAAAUAAAAAUGCAAAAGAUCGUUAUAUGCUGUUGCGCGUGGAAAAGGAGUUGGCCGCAUUAGCUCAAGAUCAGAGUCGUGAUGUUAUCAAAUUUCCUACGAUGUCUUCAUACAAUCGCAUGCUGAUACAUCGAUUGGCUGCUUGGUUUGGAAUGGAGCAUAACGUUGACAGUACAGUGCAAUGUGUCAUUGUGAAUACGACAAAAGCAACUCGAUUACCCGAGAUUCGUUUUAAAAGUCUGCUAACCGAUACAUUCAGCGAUGAGGCGCCCAGUCGUAAGAGCAUUUUGAAAAGAGAUGCACACAGUUUUGAAGAAUAUCGACAAGGAUUAUUGGCGUGCCCCGAUCGUGGUAAUUUACUCGACCGCAAAGCAAAAAGCUUUGAAGAACGCGAACAAGAGUACGAAAAGGCCAAACGACGCAUAUUUAAAGAUAUGAACAGCGAAUCGAUCGAACAAUUCUGGCAAAAUUGGCAUUCGGGCGAUGGUUUAAAUGCAAAUAAUUCACAUAAAAAUAGUGGCAAAAAUAUAAACACGGAUACAACCGAUGACGAUCAUCCACAUCAGCAUCAGCAUUCACAUGUGAAUGAAGGACGCCUGGAUGGCAGACCAAGCGUCGAAAAAAGUCAUAGUUUCGGUGGUUAUGGGCCACCAUCUCAAGCGCGCAUCGUUCGCGGUGAUUCAGUUAAUUCGACAAAAAGUGCUGUUUUGAAUAAGCAUGAUUCGAAUCAACAAACAUGGCGACUAUCACCAUCGAGUAGCGGAUACAAAACACAAUCGCAGUCACUACGUUCCGAUUCAGUGACACCGUCGCCAAGCUAUGGCAGUGGUAGUCAUACGCCAGAACCAAUACAAACCGUAUCUUCGGGAAUAAUUUGGGCAGUAACUGAUAUGGCAAGCGUGCCAAAAGGCAGCGUCUUACUCGAUCCACAAACAUUUAAACCGCUCGUAAAUCAAGACGGAUCAAUUUAUCAUUUUGAUCCGAGCAAUUUGCCGAAACUACAGAUACCAAAUACAUCACCAGCAAACACUCCGUCGCCAACAUUGUCGGUUAAUGAAAAUACGAAUGUUCCGUCGCGGAAGAAAAACCACAACAAGCCCAUUAAUAAUAAUGUCGACGAUACGGUUGUUGUACAACGCACAAGUGAAAAAUGUGAUAGAGAUAAUGUUUCGAAUGCCGUUGCCACACGUGACGAAAAUGGCGCGUGCAAACCGGAAAUCGAAGUUUCAUCCGAGUUAGAAGUGACUUUACCGGAGCCAAUGGAAAAUAUUUCAAUGAAUUCACUUUUGUCUCCACUUAAUCAAACAUACCAAGAAACACAAGACAAUAACUUGGAUCGAAAGGCAGACGAUAACUGCCAAGAGGCUGUAGUACAUCCAAAUGUAAAAAGUCAAUCGACUAGUCCAAAUAUUCCAUGUGAUUCGGAGAGUUAUCAAUUGAGCCCAAGUGAUCAAUCGACUCCAACUAAUAUCGAUGAGAAUUUGAAUCAACCAAACAAUGAUGCUAAAGGAGCGGUCAAUGGAACAGUGAAUAAGGUGACAACAGAAAAAUCACAAAAUACCGCUAAUCCAAGUUACACAGGGAAUAAAAAGGAUGAGAUUAAAAUCUUACCAGCGGUUGUGCCAGUUUUGAGUUAUACUACAGCGGCUCCGCCAAACAUAUAUCCACCAAUCGAUGCUGGCGUUCAAUUUGUCGCUGGAACACAACCAACACAACCAACAUCAUUUCCGACAACAUAUCAGCAAGGCUUGGAUGGAAGUAUUUACGCCGUUCCACAGCCCAUGAUAUAUGGAUAUCCAACAGUGCAAGACAACGAAUAUUCGGGAGGAAUAUUUGUGCCAAUGUAUGAUCAAGGUGGUGCUCAAGUACCUGUUAGCACCCAACAAAAUGAGCAAAAUACAACCACAACUGAUUAUCGUCGAAAUUGUGGCGUUCCGUUAGCAUUUUUUGAGCCGCCGUCCACCGCAAUGACAGUGGUACCAGUUGCGUAUCCAGCCACAUCAACAGCUGCACCAUAUGGUCCUUCACACAAUAUCUACCAAGGCCAAAUACUGUACACAUCAGAUCAAUAUAAUCCAGCGACUGCGUCAAAUAGCCAAGUUCCACAAUACAUAAACUAUCCAGUUGGUUACACUUAUCCAUACAAUGGUGCGGCAUAUCCUUAUUGGGGACAAGCGAUGACUUAUUAUGUUCCACAAACGAUGCAGACUCAAACCACGGCGAUAGCAAAUAACAAUACAACAAACGCAAAUUCGAAUAGUAAUAAUACUAGUAAUAAUAAUAAUAAUGAUAGUAACGGAAAUAAGGCACAUAUUCAGUCGCCACAUAGCAUUCAACCACAUCCGAAUACAGUAGCAAAGACUCCAUUAUACGCAUCAAAUUCAACAAACGAAACUAAGUCGAUAACGACACCGAAUGCUGCCUCGCAACCAAACGUUUUUCAGUAUCCACCGACAAUGACAUCUGCACCAACAUCGACGUCGUCCACGUCAAUUACGAACUCAACAACGACGAACGCAACUAAUAAUUCCGUAGCAAUCACAUCGGUUCAAUCGUUACCAAACACAUCGGUUAGUGUAAGUUCGUCAUUGCCGACAAAUGUUGGAAACGAUAAUCCGAAAUUAGUAUCACACGUACCAAACGCAGGCCAUCCAUCCCAUCGCACGAAAAAUCAUCAAGCAUUGCUGUCCACACCGAAUGAUAGUUUGAAACAAAAUAAUCCAAACGCGAACACCGAUGAGCCUGAUUCGAAAGAAUUUUCAAAUCAUUCCAGCACAAACUACGAACGAAAGAAAAAUCUACAAAAUUCAAAUCGAAAACCGUACGUUGGAAGCGGAGGUGGCGGUGGUGGACCAUAUCGGCCAAAUCCAAAUGUUGGCAUUAAUAAUCACAAUUCAAAUUCGCUAUCAAUAAAUAAUCCAGCUGGUGGUCAAACCAAUAUGUCGGCUACAAAUAAUCCGGGCAUUCGAAAAGGACCAUUAAUUCAUCAUACCAUUCCUGAAUCGAGUGGUAAUACUCAUAUUUUUACUAGUGGUGCGGGUCAUCAUCACAAUGAAAACAUGACGCCUGCAUAUAAUCGCUCCAAUAGCACACAAAAUAGCUCAUCCGCACCAAACAUUGAACACUCCGAAAAGAGGCCAAUAAAUCAUAAUAAACCAUUAAUCGCAACAUUGCCAACGCUAAGCAAUGUACAUAAUCAUUUUGACCGAACGCGUGCUCCUCGUCCAAAACCAUUGGAUUUGCGUCGAAAUGCCAGUAACCGAAAUACGCCGAGUACAAAUUCAACCGAAAGUAAUAAUUCACCGAAUAGCAUCAUCUCAAGUGAUCAACAUCAUUCACAAAAUCAUCAUCAACAGCAACAAAUACAAACCACUUCAUCGUACGUAAGCGGUGAGUAUCGCCAAACAAAUCGACGCAGCACUGUAAACACAUCGAUAAUGAGUCAAACUGGAAUUCAACCGAAUAUUGGGCCAAGAGUGGUUAGCUCAACAAAACCAAAACAAGUUCGCAUGUAUCAUGGCGACAUUGCAAAUACAAAUUCAGACUCAUUGGGAUCGCCGUCGUCUGCAUUGUGCGGUGAACCAUUUGCAUACAAUCCACAUUCGGGAAUGUAUAUAAAAUUUGGAAAAACUUAUAUUGCUCAUUCAAUGGCAUUUCCGAAUAAGGCUCAGCAAAAUGAUAUAAGACAAUCACUGCCGCCUAUAACUGGAAUUUAUCCAACGAUGAAUAUGAUGCUAACAGGUUAUCCAGCAGCAGCCCGUCCACAUACAGUAGGACCGAGACCAUCGCACGUUAAUCCAAACUUUAAUAAAAAUAAUCGAACACCCAGAUAAAAAACUUCAUCUACAUUCAAUCCGUUUCGCAUUACUUUCAGCUAAAUAACGUUACGUACUUUAUUUCUGCUCACACUCCAAACAAACAAACAACAAACCAAGAGAAAAUCAAUGAAAGUAACUCACACACAAACAUACACACACACACACACACACACACAAAACACUACAAAAACAACAGAAAACUUAAAAAAAAUAAGCUUAAAAAAAUCUACCACGAUAAAACUCCUAAAAUAUAUGAAUCUAUAUGCAUUAACCACUAAAAAAACAUACAUAUAUUAAAGAUUAUAUGUUUAAAUUGUAUUCUGUAGGAGGCGCAAGCUAAGUAAUUAUUGAAACCUAAAAACUGAAUAUGAAGACAGAUUGAGGGAAAGAAAGAGGAAAAAAACACAACAAAUGGUUCUAUCUAGCUUUACCAAAAGAUAACAAAAAAAAAUAAAAGAUGACAUUUAAAAAUAAAAUUUAAAAGAAAAAAGAAUAUUAGAAGUAAA